GGUUUGAGUUGCAGGGUGUUUCAAUUAAUGGGAGUGUUUUCAAGUUUUUUUCCUUUUGUGGGGUAAUAGAGGGCACUUGUCCAGCAGCCUCAUCCUCAUUAUCCAUUAGCGAGAACUGGUGGCUGCAGCAAAAGGGAGAAGAUGAGUAUAGGGCAAAACACACUGAUGGCACAAACAGUGACAGUGAACAAGUUUGCUUCUUCCAAUUUGCAGGCUGUUCCUCACACAACAAAGCCUCCCAAUCCCAACCUCUCUAGAAGAGCCCUGCUCUUAUCCUCCCUCGUCGCCACUUCCCUCCCUGACUCCAGAACUCUCCUUCUCCAAAAGUACCUCAAGAAAUCAGAGGAAAACAGAGAGAAAAAUGACAAAGAGAGGUUGGAGAGUUAUUACAAGCGUAACUACAAGGAUUACUUUGAACUGGUGGAAGGAUCUCUGAGGGCAAAGCAGCAAGACAAGCUUUCUGAUACAGAGAAAGGCAUCCUCGAUUGGCUUAAAUCUAACAAAUGAAACCCCCCUUUUCUGUUUCAUUCAUCUGUAGCCUCAUUACUUUCAAAUUUUUACAUUUUUGGACUCAUUUAGUAAUCUAGAUAUAACUUAGGCCGGUAGAUUAUAAUAAUUUCCUGUUUCUUUCUCUCCUGAACCCCAGCAAAACUUUUGGGGGCUUCGAUCAUGCUUUUUAUUUUUAUUUUAAAUACAUUGAGUUGAUGUA